CGGAGCAUGAAGUUUCCGUCCCCCCUGUGACUUCUCAGUCUCCCUUUCUUGUGGGGGCCAUGCCCGGUGCCUGCUCCCCGCAGACCGGUCCUGGCUGAGUCUCCCCACGCCCCCCAAGCGAGCCAUGUCCGCCACCUACACUGACCUGAGGGAGAAGCUGCAGUCCCUGUACCGGGACAGCCCGAAGGAAGUGCGGAAACGGAAGCAGCCGACCUCGGACACGGAGGAGGAGGAAGCGGCGUCUGAGCCGGAGGAAGAGGAGGAGGCGCGGAAGGUGCGGAGCGGGAUCCGCCAGGUGCGGCUGUUUAGCCCGGACGAGUGCGCCCGAAUUGAGGCGAAGAUAGACGAGGUGGUGUCCCGGGCCGAGAAGGGCCUGUACCGGGAACACACGGUGGAUCGGGCGCCGCUGCGGAACAAGUACUUCUUCGGGGAAGGCUACACGUACGGGGCCCAGCUGCAGCGGAGAGGCCCCGGGCAGGAGCGGCUCUAUCCCAAGGGCGAGGUGGAUGAGAUCCCCGCUUGGGUCAACGAGUUGGUGAUUCGCCGCCUGGUGGAGCACAGGGUCAUCCCCGAGGGCUUCGUCAACAGCGCGGUCAUCAACGACUACCAGCCCGGCGGCUGCAUCGUGUCGCACGUCGAUCCCAUACACAUCUUCGAGCGACCGAUCGUGUCCGUGUCCUUCUUCAGCGACUCGGCGCUCUGCUUCGGCUGCAAGUUUCAGUUCAAGCCCAUCAGGGUGUCCGAACCGGUCUUCUUUCUGCCCGUACAGAGGGGCAGCGUCACUGUACUCAGCGGCUACGCGGCUGAUGAAAUCACACACUGCAUCCGACCACAGGACAUCAAGGAAAGGCGCGCCGUCGUCAUACUUAGGAAAACCAGAACAGAGGCUCCUCGACUGGAAAUGAAAUCACUGAGCAGCAGUUACCAACCUGAGCGCCUGCAAGGCAGCAACAGGCAGCAUAUACUAAAACCAAAGCGGUCCCAUCGCAAGGCUGACCCAGAUGCUGCUCACAGACCUCGCAUCCUCGAAAUGGAUAAAGAGGAGAACAGAAGGUCGGUACUUUUACCAAAACAGAGGAGGCGGAGCCACUUCAGCUCCGAGAACUAUUGGCGAAGGUCACAUGAUUAUGUGGACACCUAUACAGAAACGGGAGAAGACGACGGCAGCCCAGUCCGCAAAGUUAAAAUGAGACGACACUGAGGCGGCCACUUUUCUGAUCCCAAGAAGUUCUGACUUUUUCAGACUUUCUGAUUUUUUGUUUCUCCCACUCGGCUCUCCACCGUUUCUCUGAUAUUGCCCCGUGGCUAUGGGGGUGCAUUGUAAAUGAUGGUUCCCCGCUGCUCGUGUUUAUACCACCCCACCCGGGUCUGAUUGUCCUCAUCACACAACAAAAAUUGGAGGUGUGCAAAAGCCAAGGGGUACCAUGAAUACUGUUGGAGGGGGACACAAGUUACCCUGAAUACUGUUGGAAUCGGUGGCUGCCAGGAAGUCUGUCAGCGCUGUGAGUUAAAAGCUGCACCUUGGCGUAUAGUAAGGAUCCCCAUUGCUUGCUUGGCAGCUGCAAUGAGGGACCAGAGCGCGUCGGAGUACAAUAUACAAAGACUCCCGUGGAACAGUCGGUUGAUGUUUCAAUGUUUUGUUUAGCACAGUUUCUCCAACCCUCACCCCUUUCUUCUGUUUCCCCCUCCCCCUAAAUAAAAGAAACCAUUCUAAUCACUAA